AUGCGGGUGUUGUUUUGGAAUAUCAAUGGAGUUGCACGUGAUGUAGCUCAAGAUAAACUAAAGGAGUUGAUUAGAGAGUUUAAACCAGACAUUUUUGGUAUUGCUGAACCAAAAGUUCCCUGUUCUGCUGGGUUCAGAUAUGGUUUGCUAAGAGAAGGUUAUUCUUCUCAUGUUACCAGGAGGAGUCUUUGGCAGCAACUUGUUAGUUCUGGUGAUGGUAUUCCUUGGUUAGUCAUUGGGGAUUUUAACUGUAUUCUUCGUUUGGAUGAGAAGAAGGGUGGUCGUGAACCUAGAACCUCAGCUAUUAAUGAGAUUUCAGAUUGGUUGGAUGACAACAAUCUCUUUGAAGCUGAUGCUUUGGGAAGUAAGUUCACUUGGACGAAUAGACAAUCAGGUAUGAUUAGAAUUAGACUAAAAGGAGUUAUCAAGGAAUGGAAUCUUCGUGUUUUUGGUAAUGUGCAUUCUAAGUUAAAGCAGGAUCAGUUGAGGUUUGAGGCAGCUGCUCUUCUGUCUGAUGAAAACCCGGAUGACAUUAUGAAGGAUGCUAUGGCUAAGCUUAAUGAUACUCGUGCUCAGUUGAAUACUAUGCUUAAGCAGAAAUCUAGAAAUAAGUGGCUUGUGGAGGGUUCAAGUAACACUAAUUUCUUUCAUAAUAGCAUUAGAAUUCGUAGAAGUUCUAACACUAUCUCUGAACUUGUUGACAGUGCUGGCAAUACUUUUUCUGAUUAUGAGCAGCUUAGAAAUCAUGUUGUGUACUAUUAUGAGGACAAGUUUAAUGGGCCGGAGUUGGAGAUUGAUCCUAUUUUAUUUGAUUAUGAUCAUAUUAGCAUCUCGGAGGAGGAAAGUUUACCCAUGGACAGAAUUCCAUCUUCUGAGGAGAUUAAACAAGCAGUUUUUGAUCUAGGGGAAGACAGUGCUCCAGGGCCGGAUGGGUUUUCUGGAUGUUUCUAUAGACACUGCUGGGAUAUUAUUCAAGAUGACUUAUUAAGAGCCGUUAUUUAUUGCUGGAAUUCUGGUCAUAUCCCAAAUGGAGUAAAUUCUAGCCUAAUUGUCUUGAUUCCCAAGGUGGCUUUCAUAAAAGGGCGUAACAUCCAUGAAAACAUUAGUCUUGCUUCUGAAUUGAUUAAUGAGCUUCAUAUCAAUCGUAAGGAUGGUAAUUUGGGCCUUAAGCUUGAUAUCACACAAGCUUUUGACACGGUCAGUUGGUCUUUUGUCUUGGAGGUUUUUCGUAGGUAUGGUUUCUCGGAGCAUUGGUGCACUUGGAUUUCUCAUAUCUUCAAUUCUGCUAGAAUCUCUAUUCUCUUGAAUGGCAGUCCGGAGGGUUUUUUCAAGAUAAAUAGAGGUUUACGUCAGGGAGAUCCUAUUUCUCCCUUGAUCUUUGUUUUGAUGGAGGAUGUCCUUAGCAGAAAUAUGACAAAGCUUUUUGCAGAGAAGAGGAUGUCUUACAUGGUAACUAGAGGUGGUAUUUCUCCUACCCAUCUCUUUUUUGCUGAUGAUAUUAUGAUUUUCUGUAAAGGAAAUUUGCGAAGCAUUAAUAAUCUGGUGGAUCUGUUGGGUAAGUAUGAGUGUGCUUCGGGUCAAUCAGUUUGUCGCCAAAAGAGUAAAAUUUAUUAUGGUGGUGGUUCGUUGAGUAGACGUAAUUAUCUUGUUGAUUAUUUGGGUAUGAGUGUAGCUACUUUCCCUGAUCGUUAUUUGGGUGUUCAAAUAAUGCCUGGUGCUGUGAGUCGUGCUGUUGUGGUGGCGUAUGAUAAAAUCUGUUGCCCUUUUGAGGAGGGGGGUUUGGGUUUAUCUCGUAUGGCUACUAUGAAUUUUGCAAUGUUGAUGAAGUUAUGGUGGAAGAUCAGUACUUCUAAGAAGAAUUGGGCAGGUUAUCUUAAGGUUAAGUUUUUUAGUCGAAGAGGCUACAUUAAGACUUAUGGGGUGAAGUCUACCAUUCUUCCAGGCAUUAGAAGGGUUUAUAAAUAUGUGGAGGCUAACACUAAAGUUCUUCUUGGUGAUGGCAGGUCUACUUCUCUCUAUUAUGAUGUUUGGUAUGGAGAAAAAUGUUUUGCAGAGAUAUUAGAUGAUUUUACUCUUGACAGAUUGGUUUUGGUGAGUGAUUGUUAUAGGGAUAACCAAUGGGUUUUUCCUGAAAAUCACUUGAACCGUUUACUCGCGGCUGGUGUGGAUAUGCAUAAUCUUCCUUUUCCAAAUGGGGGUGAAGAUAAGAGAGUUUGGAUGCCAAACUUUUCAGGUGAUUUUUCGGUAAGUUCUGCCAAGGAACUUAUUCGUCAGAAACAUGAUAGCUUCAAUGCAGCGUCUAUGCUGUGGAGGAAGGAAAUUCACCCUAAACUUGCGGCUCAAAACUGGAAAUUCAUUUGUGGUGCCUGUGCUACUUUGGAUAUCAUUCAAUCUAGGUUCAAAAUUCAUUUGACUAACAAGUGUGUUCUGUGUGAAACUGAGGAAGAAUCUCUAGAACAUAUUCUUUUUCAUUGUUCUUUUGCAGCUCGUGCGUGGUCUUGGAUUUCUGGUAUCUUUGGUAUGACAGCAAACUUCAACAUUGUGGCUUCUUUCAAGGCAACUAAGGGAAGAAGUGCAAUUGUCCGUGACUUGUGGAUGGUGGUGAACUUAGUAAUCAGGUCAGAACUAUGGGCUAUGCGCAAUAAAUGCAUCUUUGAGAAACAGAAACCGAGCUGGGGCCUUUUUUCUAAAAGAGUGCUGAAGCUAAUACAAGAAUAUUCAGUCCGUCUAAAAGGGUUUAUGCGCAACAGUGUGGAAGAUAUGGUGUUGUUGGAUUACUUCCGUGUGGUUCAUAGAAGUGUUAGACAUCAGCAGCCUAUUGAAGUGUUAUGGCAGCCUCCGGAACUUAAUGAGAUUCUAAUUUGUUGUGAUGGAGCAGCGCGUGGGAAUCCAGGCAUUGCGGGAGCAGGGGUGGUGGAAAGAGACUCUAGCUGUGCAGUUCUUGGUGCUUUUAGUAUUGGUCUUGGAGUUACUAAAACUAUUUGGCGGAACUCUAUGCAAUUAUAA